AUGACAUCUGGAUCUCUUCAGACGCUACUACAGCUGCAGACAGCACCUACAAAUCAACAAACAACCACCUCCUCUGAACCGCCUCCCACAGCCAACGACGGUGACCCUUCCGCUCCUCUAGAGAAUGCCGAUGCUCUAGAACCCGUUACUAGCCACGACGUGAAGAAUGGUGUUUCUGUAAACGAUCCUACUCCUGCGAACGAGCCUAUUCCCGGUUCGGACUCCGCUAAUGUUGCAAAGCAGUCAGUUGACGGCAACGACGCGACCGAGCGUAAUGAUAGCGAGAAGAAGACUAAGCGUAAUGGAUCGGAAGCUGGAGCUUCUGAGGUCGACGGUGGCCAGACGGGUUUGGAGCCACAGCUCGCGCCGACGCUUGCGCCAGGCGGAGGCGGAGCGGAAGGCGGAGGUAACGCGGAAGGCGGAAGCGGGAGGGGAGGUGGAGCGGAAGGCGGAACGGAAGGCGGAGGUGCAAAUGUUGCGGAAGCGCCGGUUGAUGUCGGAGGAAAGCUACCCGCGGAGCUUCCGCAGUCGGCGCAGUUUCCGGCGGAUCGUCCGCGGAAGGACAUGAUGCAAAUGUUUCAGGAGCAGACGGCAUCCGUCCUGCUGGAUCCUAUCGAAGCUGCUUUUGACGAGGAUGGCCUUGGCGAGGAUGACGCGGACCUUGACGGAGACAUGGACGGUGGCGAUGAGGAUGAUGACGCAGACGCUUUUUCCCCGCUCAUUGGGGACACGCUGGGCGGGCGGCCGUUCAAACGGCGCACUUUCGCGGAGGCGGACGCCGUGCGCGUGGGGAUGGCGUUCCUGGAGCGCGGGGAGAAGAAACCGCGCGUGGAACGAGACGCGGCGCUACCGCGCGGACCGGCGCAGGGGCUGGAUCAGCCACAUCCGCACAAAAUCCACUCGCGGCUCGGGCACCAGCCGCAUCUGCAUCCUCCGCCACCGCCGCAGCAGCAGGUGCCCCUGCCUUUGGAUCCCCUCUUUGGCCGCUUCGGGCGGCGACCCCAAGGGGAUAGCAAGUUCGUUCCGGAUUGGGCGGCGAACUUCGCGGCGGAGAUGGGCAUAAGCGCGCGGCCGAAGGCCCCGCGUUAUGAGGACGCGCAUUACGAUGAGAUGGGGGAGGAGGAAGAGGAGGAGGACGAGGAUGAGGCGGGGUUUGCGGGCGGAAUGCGGGGAGAGGGCUUGCGGAACUUGCGUGGAAGGCGGGGAUCGGGGGCGGGCUUUCGUGGCAUUGCAGGAUUGGAUGGUUUUGGCGGUGCUGACGUGGACGGGAGGCGGAAACGGAAAGGACGGAAGCGGUUCCAGCAUUUGCGGGACGAGGAUGAUGACGUGGUGGAGGUCAAGGAUGACGUGUUGUUCUUCCCGGCCAACCGCGGGGGAGUGCACAUGGACCGUAGGCGACGCCGUGAGAUGCGGCGUGGGUUGCACCGUGGGUUGCAACGUGGAAUGCGUGGACAUAAGGAGAGCCUUCGAGGUUCGCUAAAGAAGGUCAGGCGUAAGGGACUUGAGAAAGAGAGGACCAAAAUUGGGACGGAAGGGGAAGGAGAAGGGGAAGGGGAAGAAUCAGGAGGUGAAGCAGUGGGUUUGGACGGGAAUAAGAUUCGUUUGACGGAUAGCAUGUCUGUGCCUUUGUUUCCGGGCAGCUUGGGCAGCAGCGGGAUAAAAGGGCAGCCACAAAUGAGCGUUCUUGGGGAUGACUUGUGGGCGGAAGAAGAGGAGGCCGAGGAGGGAGGGGAAGGGGAGGGGGAGGAUGCGGUCGGGGACUGGGCGCACCAGUUGCGCCUGGAGCAGGAGUUUUUGCGCGGGAAGGCGCAGGACAGGGAGCGCGAGCGGGAGAGGCGGCGGGGGGCGCAGAGGGACAAGGCGGGGGAAAAAGCGCUGCCGGGGCAACAGCAGGGAGAGGAGGAGGGGAAGGAUAACCAGGAGGGAGUUGCGCCCGGCGCGGUUGGUCUCGGGGCGGAGGGGGAGGGGAAGGCGGAGGGGGAAGGGGAGGCGGAAGCCGGCGCUGCUACUGGCGGAGUUCCCGAAGGCGCUGAUGAUCAGGAACGGGCGGAAAAGGAGAAGGAGCAGGCGGGGAGGGAGCGUUUGGAGAGGGAGAGAAGGGAACGCGAAAGGAUGGAAAGAGAGAGGGCGGAGAGGGAGCGGGUGGACAGGGAACGUCUGAGGAGCCAACAGAAGCUUCUAGAAGAGGCUAUAGUGGAGAUGAAGCGCAUGAGGGGAGAGCAGAUCGCGAUGGGGCGGGAGCUGAGGCGCGCGCGGAACACCAAGGAGGCGGCCAAGCAGGCGUUCGGAGAGCUGAAGAAGCAGGUUGUGGUGCAGGAGCACAUGCUGGCGCAGGCGCGCGUGCAGCUCUCCUUGCUGGAGGGGGUCAACAAGGCGCCGACGAAGGAGAUCUCGCCACACCUUCCCCACCGCUUCCCACCGCUGGUGGCGCAGGAACACAUGCUGGCGCAGGCGCGCGUGCAGCUGUCGCUGCUGGAGGGAGUCAACAAGGCGCAGACGGAGGAGAUCUCGCCACACCUUCCCCACCGCUUCCCACCGCCUCCCACCGAUCCCAACCCUUCCCACCGCUUCCCACCACUCUCUCCUCCCCUCCGUCAGGUGGUGGCGCAGGAGCACAUGCUGGCGCAGGCGCGCGUGCAGCUGUCCCUGCUGGAGGGGGUCAACAAGGCGCAGACGGAGGAGAUCUCGCGCCUCUGGAUGGCCGCCACUCAGAACCAACCCGGGCUCGCCCCUGUCACGGGCCUUGCUGCUCCCCCUGGUACCGUCAUGGGGUCUGAUACGCGGUUCUUUGCCACUUCUGCCGGUGGUUUUGGCGGUGCUGGUGGUGCUGGUGGUGAUGGUGUGCGUGGGGCAAGAGGAGAGAGUAGUGCUGCUGGCGGCACUGCUGCUGGUGGGGCUGAUGGUGGGUCCAGUGAGGAACAACAGCAGCAGCUGCAGCAGCAGAAGCAGGACCUUCAGAAGCAGCAGCAGCAGCUGCAGCAACAGCGCGAAGCCGUAACCGCCCAGGCACUCGCAGCGGAUCUCGAGUUAAGUGCCACGAAGCUACAGAUAGCCAUGAAGGAGCGGCCAGUGCGCACCCUCCUGCAAAUCGCCUGGAGCCCUGCAAACAACAUUGGCACGCUCGCCAAGGCGAAGUUUAAGGAAGCAAACGGAGGAAUGGCUGUGGGGCAUCCAGGGGACAUGCAGUGGGACGACGUUCUCAAAGCCCUGGAGGAGUAUAUUCGGCUGGGGUCACUGGAAUUCGCUAAGUACCAGCUCAUGUUUGGUUUUAAGGAAAAGGCAGUGUAUCGUGCCCGAAGCAGAUUGCAGGACGGGCGGACCCAAGCCAGGCUGCUAUCCGCGGCGCAUGAUGAGGCUCGGCAGCAGCUGAUGGAGGGGACGUUGGAGUUUGAGGCGCAUGCUUUGGCGUCUUCUGUGGCGGCCAGCGUGCGGCAGCUUCUGGGAACCGUGGAAGACGAGAAGCACGAGGAUGAGGACGAGGAAGCGGCAGUUCAGUCGUUGAUCGCGUCAGCCGCGGCUAACGCGGAGAAUGCAGCGAGGGAAGCGGAGAGGGAGGUGAUUCAAGCCCAGACGAAAGCGGCUGAAGGUCUCCCCCCUGCCGCUGACCCUGCUGCCGGCGCUGCUGCUGCUGCUGCGGGUGUUCCUGGAGGUGCGGGUAUAGAGGGUGGGGUUGGGAUGGAUGGGGUAGACGCUGCGGGGGAGAUGGGCGCAGGAGGGGAGGGCGAUGGGGUGAUUCGGCGGAAGCCUGGGCGGCCGCGGGGAGGGGGGGCUGCGCUGGCGAUAGGAAACGGGGAUCUCCCCGCGCUCUCCCGUGUGCGCAUCCCCAAGAUGCCCACCCUCCCCGCGUCCGCGCAGCAGGCGAAUGGGGAGGGGAAGAAGAAGAAGAGGAAGAACCGGGGGAGGGGGAGGGGGGCUGCGGAAGGGGGCGGGGGGGAAGGGGCGGAUGAGAUGGGGAACGCGGGGGAGCUUGGUGGGGGGGGUGAGGGGGCGGGGGGAGGGGAGGGGAUGGCGGGCGCGGAGGUUGAUCCAGCAGCGGCGGCAGCAGCAGCUGCUGCUGCAGUGGCGGCAGGACUGGAGGGGCAGAUAGACGUUGAGGCGGUGGCAGCAGCACUGGCGCAGGCGACAGGGGGUGGGGGCAACCGGGGCGUGGGGCAGCAGGCAGGAGGUGGCGGGAGGAUCGGGCUGGAAAGGCUGCGGCUGCAGGAGCAGCAGCAGCAGCAGCAACAACAGCAGCAGCAGCAGCAGCAGCAGCAGCAGCAAGAAGGGGAGCAGCAGCAGCUGGGACUGCAGGGGCAGGGGCAGGCGCAGCAGCAGGGGCUGGGGCAGGGGCAGCAGGGAUUAGCGCAGCAGCAGGGAUUGGGGGAGCUUGAGCAAAUGGCAGCGUCCUGGGCGGCAAUAGUUCAGCAGUCGGGAGCAACGGACUCGUCUUCUCUAGUUGAGCUGAGAAACUCGUACAUUCAGCAGCAGCAGAUGCUGCAGCAGCAGCGGCAGCAGAGCCAGCCGCAAGCACUGGCCCAGCAGCAACAGCAGCAGCAGCAGCAGCAGCUAGUUCAGGAGCGACAGGACCUUCAGGGCGCAACCCCGGUGAUGAAUCUCAACUUCCCUGUGGCUGAGGAUGCAGCAGGAGGUGCUGCUGGUAGUGGUAGUAGGCGGGAGUCUCGUCGGCAGCAGCAGCUGCAGCAGCAGCAGCAGCAGCAGCAGCAGCAGCAGCAGCAGCAGCAAGGGCAGUAUCUGGGUGGCCUGGAUAAUGAAACUGAGCCUCUUCAGUUCACUACCCCUGCUGCUGCUGCUGCUGCCACUGCUGGGGGCCAUGCUGGGGCAGCUCGGGUGUUGCAGCAGGGAGGCCUGCAGGCUUCAGCGUGGGGUGAAGUAGCUUCUGCAUUAGGUUCGGUUUCAGGGGUUGGGGUGAAUAACCCUGUGCAUUUCAACCUCGGGCAGCAGCUGGCAGGGAAUCGGGCAGGAGGCGAGGCGGAGUUCGAUCGGGUGCGCCUGUGGGGGAAUGAGUGGGAUGGGGUGAACGCUGGGGCAAAUGCUGCUGCGGCGGUGGCUGCAGCGGCAGCAGUAGCGGGGGGAGGGCAAGGGGAGGAGAGUGCUAGUGCUGGUCUGCAACAGCUGCACAAUCUGGCUGCAGCUCAAAAUCAGUUGCUUCAGUUCUCACGGGCUUUUGGGGCAAAUGCCUUUGCUCGCCAGUAG